GAAGCAGAGUAACGGCAAAACCUUAUGAUUAUAUUUUGGGCUUUUCCUUACCUGGCGAAUACACCACCUUUUUAAACGCCUAGCUUCCUCACCCCCUCUCCCUCCCUCCCUCCCUCCUUCCAUCCAUCCAUACAUCCUCUAUAUUUCUCGAUCUUUGUCUCUUGCUCUGAUUUUUUCUUUUGUGUCUCUAGAAACUAAAGCUCUAUCUCGGUCGGUGUUUGUGGAUAGAAACCAUGUUUAAACCAGAUUCAGGAGCAGGAGCUUCAAAUGGGGUUUUAUGGGCAAACCAGUCGUGGGCUAAUUUGUCCAAUUCUACUGAUAAAUUUUUGUUGAACUCCAAUUCUGAGAAUUCAGCUGGUGGUGGCGAUGAGGGGAAGGAUAAAUUAGAGAAGGAGAAAGAAAUUAUAGAUAGAGAAGAUCAAGUGCAACCAGAGUUAGAGCCGGAGGCUGCUCUCGGUAAGAAAACUUUGGCUAAGAAGCGAGGUGGCCGAGUUAGUGGUAGCAGUUUCAAGAGGUAUAACGGGAAGGCUAUCAAGGAAAAGGGAAAAGCGAGUAGUGAAGAGGUGGUGAAAGAAGGAAGAAGGGGCAGUGAUUCUGAGGAUGAUCAUGAGUUGCAUAUAUACACCGAAAGGGAAAGGAGGAAGAAGAUGAGGAACAUGUUUGCCAACCUUCAUGCUUUGCUUCCUCAACUUCCUUCUAAGGCUGACAAAUCCACAAUUGUUGAUGAAGCGGUCACCUACAUAAAAAGGCUUGAAAUCACUCUUCAAUCCCUACAACAACAAAAGAGGGAGAGGAUGCGAAGCCUCCCAAAUAGCACUAUGGUCAAUUACAACCACACACCAAUACUUAUGAACUCACAAAAUGUGGUCUAUGACUCAAGAGAGGGUAUCCUACCUUCACAUGUCUCUUCCAGUAACUUGGUCGAUGCUUCUACUACUACUACUACUACUGCAAACGGAUUCAACAUCAUUCCUGAUUUCAAUCCUUUGAACAAUUCAUUCUCAACCAACUCACUUUCUCCCGAACCUGUAGUGUUUAAAACAUGGACUUCACCUAAUGUCGUGUUGAACAUGUGCCGAAAUGAAGCA